UGUUCUGUAAAUUAUGUUAUAAACAAGCGAAAAUCACUUUUUGACAGAAUGAAAAUACAUGCGAUCAACUCCGUUGUAAUAUAAAUGAUGAUCGCAGCGGAGCGCGCAAAUAGCAUUAUUACGUGACGUGUGACUUGUUGCUUCAAUUUCCGAGGGAUCAAAAACAAUUUAUUUUUUGAUCCUUCAGAUUUUUAUAAUAUCGUUCUUGUUCUACCGAAACUUUAAGAAAAAUCUACAAAGAUACAAACGUACCAGCCAGUGCAGGAGAAAUAAAGGUGUUCAAGGUUCUAUUUUGUGUUAUAACAAUUAUUAUUGACUGUUAGGCCGGCUUUUUGUAGCCAUGGCGGCUGUCUUGAAAAAACGCGCCUUGGCAGAGUAUUCUGCGACGAUACAGGAAGGUUCUCCGAGACAAAGGCCACUGAAGAAGCUACAUCUCACUAAAAAGGCUGAGAUCCACACAAAGACUCAACAGGUGAGCGAUAGUUUACGCAAUAAUAAUGACCAACGUGGUCGUCUAGGAGUUCUUCUUCAGUUGGAAAGGUCGAUGCCUAGAGAGGCAGAAGAACGUGUUCUCAUGCAUCGUGUUCUUGCUGAACACUUCCAAAGGGAAAGCGACAGCCCAGUGCGUGCAAAAAUUGCUUCGCUUUUACCUCUGCUAUGUCCUUCACGGCUUGACGAGUUGAGCACGUUUAUUAUAGGCCCCAACUCGUCAGAGGAGUCACAUGUUGUAAGGGCCGCUUUAAUGGACGCUGUUGUAGCUGUGGGAGAACAUGCUAUGAAGGCGGAUGAUCGACCCACUCACAAUAGAUGUCUAAGGAUUCUAGAGUGUAGCCUUAGUGACACCAGUCACCUUGUCAAAAGUCGAGUGUUGACAUGGUUAGCUAAGUUAGUGCCGGCAUCCUCGGAAACUGCCCCGAGCUUUAGAACCUCACGAAGCUCUUCUACACAGACGAUCGAGCAAGUAGAUAAUACCGUUACACUUUCUCAGGUUUUGACAACUCUGACGAUUCACACGCGUCAUCAGGAACCCCGAGUACGAACAGCCGCGUUAGAGGCGGCUCUUAUCCUCCACCGUCGAAGCGUUCCGCUAGAUGUGUCACUUUAUGCUGAAGCAAUAAGAGGGCUUAAUGAUGACUUCGAAUGUGUGCGAAUGGUGUCAAUGAAACUCGUUGUUGCGUUGGCUCAAUUGCAUGGUCGUGAGCUAGUUGAAUCGGCGCCGGGUUCAGGCGAAAAGAUUUCUCUUUACGAUCACGCGUUUGCUAAUAUCUGCCAGAUGAUCAAUGAUGGUUGCAUGAACGUGCGGGUUCUGGCAGCCCAACUACUGGGAAGUAUGCUUGACGUGUCUCCUGGUUUUCUGGAACAAACACUUGAUAAAAAGCUUAUGUCAAAUCUGCGAAGAAAAGCAUCGGCUCAUGAGCGUCAACGAGAGGCGUUCCAAGCUGGUGAAUGGUCGUCUGGACAAAAAUGGCAGGACGAUGCUCCUCGUGAGAAGGUUGAUGAGGAAACUGUAAGCUUGAUUAAUCAGGGAGCGUGCGGUUUCUUUGUCCACGCACUAGAGGACGAAUUUCUUGAAGUCCGACUGGCUUCCCUUGAGUCCCUUUGCAAUUUGGCUAUCAAAUCUGCUUCAUUUGCCUCGCAAUCGCUCGACUUUGUUGUGGAUAUGUUCAACGAUGAAAUUGAGGAAGUUCGCCUCAAGGCAAUCGAUGUUUUGGAAAAAAUGGGCCACGCACAUGUACUUCGCGAUGAUCAACUUGAUACCGUGUUGGCAGUUCUUAAGGAUUUUUCUAUGUACACACGCGAGGCUCUGCACCGGAUGCUAUGCUGCUGCCGCCUGAGAACUGCCACAAGUUUGAACUCCUGUAUUGAAGCCCUUCUCGAAAAUUUAAGGAUGUACCCUCAGGACCGCAAAAGCAUUUAUCGGUGUUUAAUGCGCUUAGGGGAGCGAAACCCUCACAUAACAUUAGCCCUGGUGCCAAAACUGCUCAAUAUCCAUCCAUAUCUUGAUCUGCCGGAACCUGACGUCGAAGAUAGGCGUUAUAUGGCGAUCUUGAUCGUGAUUUUCAAUGCAGCGGCCGGCUGUGCAACGAUGCUUCCUUUACUUGAAGAACACACACUCAGGCAUUACAUCUACCUGAGGGAUUCAAUGCCACACCUUGUGCCAUACCUGGAGUUGCCAUUGAAAAAUGGGCAAAUUUUAGCUGCGUCAAAGACUUUGACGAGUUCUUCGCUUGAGCAGAGUGAGACGUUUCUUAGACACGUGUUACAGAGAGUAGUACAUCUUCCAGCCAGUUGUUCUUUGGAAGUGCGUCAUCGAUGGCUACGGUCGGCGAUUGAGGAUCUACACCAAUUGGCAGCGGUUGAGCCUGCAUUGGCCCCUGCUGCUCAUUGUGCUCGAAUCUUUAUCACGUGUCAAUCGACGAUUAGUCAGGUGGUGACGAAUCGCUCAUGGUUUGAUCUUGGGCAGGCGACGCAGCCAAUGGGCCCUGCACUUAAGGCGCAAUUGGACGAGCUAUUUGCACAGGCCUCGAUUCUUGAACAUCGCUUUGUCGGCCUCACCCCUCCCGAGGUGGCUGCUGUUAGGCAGUUAUGGCUUCGUCUUCGAGCCCUGCAUCUUGUACUCGUUAUACGUGGAUGUAAUAUGUCAGCCCUAGGACUUUGUGAAGCGUUCCUUUUACAGGUGGACCGACUGCAAACGUACCUGGAAGAGCAUAAACUCGAUCCGGAAGCAUGGACAGUAGCUGUUCUUCGCGAACUGGAUACCCUUUCGGACACUCGGCCUGGCUCGGUGUGUCGAGCAGUGGCGCCUCUCCUUGAACAGCUAGCUACGACAAACACGCAUAAGCUCCCAGCUACGACUGGAGGAUCUACUACCGGGCACAUGUUGAUUAUCCCACAUUAUCGAUCUGCGGAAGAAAGUCUACAGAGAAUUCGACAGGCGAGUGCAGUGAUCAAUGAGCCAACUGGCGACCAGGACCUUCCAAUUAAAUUCCAGGCCGGAAUCCCUGUCGCUGUUACCCUCGAUUGCGAACUGGAAAAUGUCGCGGACGUAGCGGCAGUGAGAAUAAGGCUGCGUUAUCCCGACAAGCAAGAACAACUGAUACUUCCUCGAAGGUCGAACUUCAGGCCAACGGACGAUGGUCGACAGCGUCUCUACACGCGUGUACUUCUUUCUCAUGGCGUUUGGAGUGAGGCGCUACACGUUGAGUUAGGUAUAGUCCUUGCAUUCGCCAGUGGCGAUGAAAGCAACUUUAUCGAACUUUGUGAACCUGUUCGGGUAUUUAUAUCGCCAAAACCUCCUAAGAAAGCGUUGUAGUUUAUUUAUGUAUUCAUAUUUUUUUUUAUACUGAAUGUUUUAUUUAACAUUGUGAAGAAGAAUUUGUACACAGGCUCGUGAGUCAUACUACAUAUCAAAUUCCAGAUAGAAACUUUUUUCAAUUAGCUGUGUUAUAUCGAGAUACAACCUCUAAGAUUAUCUGAAAGCAUGUUAGAAAACUAAAAACUAGGGCACCGUUGACAUCCAUGAUGUAACGUUACUGCUUAUAACAGCGAGUAUUACACAUAAAUCAUUCGGGAUUAGCAAAUACGUACCGAGUAGACAAACGUAUGUUUAUUGCAUGACACAUGAAAACAAUAAAAAUGUAAUAAACAUGUUGUAAUUUGAAGAAAUCCGUUUAUUGAUCGCAUACUAAACUUAAUAAACUCAGAUAAACAAUG